GCUGCGGAUGCCGGCAGUAUGGCGGACUCCCAGGUGUACCUGCUGGACGAGUUGCACGUCAACGAGAAGGUGACAGAGGCGCAGGCCUGCUUUUAUUACAGCGAGGAGCAGCGGUGGGCCCUGGAGACGCUGGUGAGCCGAGGCGAGGCCACCUACAGGGAGACCCUGCGAAAGGAGCGUCUCCAGGACUUCCUCUCCAGCCAGGAGCUGCAGGCCCUGCGGGGCAGCUGGCGGGCAUAUGAAGACCCCCGGGAGAGCGCCAAGGUGGUGCGGGGCGGGGGCCCCGGCAGCAAGGCCGUCUCGUUGGCCUACUGGCCUGAGCUCUCGGACACGGAGGUACCGCCGCUGGACCUGGGCUGGACCGACAAGACGUUCUACCGGGGCAUCAGCCGCGUGGCCCUUUUCACACACCCUCGCAAGGAGGAGAACGUGCCCCACCUGAAGGAGGUGGUGCGGGAGAUGAUCCAACAGGCACAGAAGAUUAUUGCAGUGGUCAUGGAUGUAUUUACAGACCGGGACAUCUUCCGAGAUAUUGUUAAUGCAGCAUAUAAGCGCUGGAUUCCAGUCUAUAUAAUCCUAGAUGAGGAUGGUGUGAAGCUCUUCCUGGAAAUGUGCAGAUGCCUUGAACUCAGUGACUUGCAGAUUCGGAACAUCCGCAUCCGUUCUGUGACAGGAGUUGGGUUCUACAUGAAGACAGGGAAGAUCAGAGGUACACUGGCAUCUCGAUUCUUGAUGGUAGAUGGUGAAAAGGUGGCCACUGGAUCAUACAGCUUCACAUGGAGUUCAUCCCAUAUUGAUAGAAACAUCCUACUAGUCUUGACAGGACAGCAUGUGGAGAUGUUUGACAUUGAGUUUCGUGAACUCUACGCCAUCUCAGAGGAAGUAAAUUUCUUCAAGGAAUUGGGUAUUGCUAAUCCAAACCUUCAUGGAAUUGGGAAAUCAGACUUUCAUUCCUCUACUGUGGCUCAGAAGAUCAUUAAUCCCAAGUAUGGCUUAGUGGCAGGGGCAACCCGUGGUGACAUGUUGCUCUGGUCUUCACGACACAAGCAGGAUAAUCAGGAUAAUAAGGAAAGGGAAGAAACAAGUGAGUCUAAGAAACGAUUAAAUCAAUUUCUGAAUGACUUAAUCACAUUAGAGCAAGAACUCCCAGAGAUUGAACCACCUCUGGAGAACUUUAACAAGCAGAAUCGGAGCCCUCAGAAACUAUUCUCCCGAUUACACAUGGAUCUGAAAAAUAAAUCCAAGUCCAGAGAGUCCAUUCGUGACGUGAAGAAAGAAGAUGCACAGGCCAACUCAAAGCAAGGAAAACGGUUUGCCAGUGGGAUUUUUGGUCGCAAGGCCAAACGAUCUCCAGGUUCAAGCAUUGAAGCAAAUUCUUUUGCCAGUGAAGGACACUCAGGGGAAGACCUUGGGAAUAUGAAACUGGAAUAUGAGCAGCUCAGCACAAGCCAUGCCAGCGUUCGGAGCGCUGAAGGCAUCUCAGGUAACCUGGGUCCAAACUCCACUGCAAGCGAUAAAAGCAAACAAUCUACCUGUGUGUUAUCUUGAUUGCCUGGGAAACUGAAGACUGAACAAGCUGGCUUUGUAACAUGUUUAUUGAUUUGUCCUUACACAGUGGUCUGUCAAGCCACUGUGUGAUCCUGGAUGCAGCUGGCACCCCCAGUUAAAUCCUAUUUACUGGGUGAAGCAUAGACUUUGGAUGGUUGGUCCCUUAAAUGAGGGUUGAUGAUGAAUGUAUUAGUCCAUACGUGUGUGUGCAUAUAGAUUUUAUACAUAAAAACAACUGUGAUGACUGGU